AUGUGUGAUAAGCUAUGUGAUCGUUCCUUUGUGCGCAACAAUAUAAGCAGUGUCGUAGAUGCAGUCGGUGCGAAUUCAACGUUAUUCACUGUAAUUCGUCACCCAAUCGAUCGAUUUCUCAGUGGAUACGUCGAUAAAUGCAUGAACGAGCUCACAUACUACACGGAGAAAGAACGAUGUUUUGGGUGCCGGAAUGAUAUUCAGUGUUUUGUUGAUAUUCUUCAUGCAGUAUUUAUGCAGUACUAUGAAAAGAAUGGUAAACCGACAGACGAUCCUGAACUAGCACGCAUGUACCACUACUAUAUCCGACAUUUUGCUCCUCAAACAUGGUAUUGCGAAUUCGACAAGUACAAAAAUGAUUAUAUCAUUUUGAACUAUCAUAUCGGACCAAAUAGCACACAGCGGAUCGCCGAUGAUUUCCACAAAGUUUUCAAGCAAGCACACGUUCCGGACAACCUUCUACAAACAAUCUACAGCGAGAUGAUGAG